UAAUAGUGUCCGCAGAAGGCUGGACCGAGUCAGUGUUUAGAGUYAGUCGAGUGUUGUUGUAAAGUUCGGGUUCUUAGUGUAUAGUUCUGGUUUCUGAUCGUAAUAAAGUAAAGGAAAAAAGGAUCACAACAAAACGUUACAACUGGUGGCAGCGGURAAGUCAUGUCACAAGAAAACGAAGUACAAUUUGGGCCGCUCAUCGACUUGGAUGGCGAAUUUAACCCAUUGGCCGCCACGGCUACCUCACAAAAGAAUACAUUAAUGGACUCACCACCACAUUCUACUCCAAUAAAAUACCAUGACAUCGUUGAAGGAAGCUCACCUAGUUCUCAACAGCUGAUGGAGUCGAUUAGUGAGCUGAAGGACUUAGUCCUUGGAGUCGGUCAACAAAGUCAACAUGCCGAAGACCAGUUUCGUCAAAUCUCAGCGCGACUUGACCAGUUUKACUCAAGGCUUUCUUCAAUGGAAAAACUUAACUCGAGAGCCUGGGUCCAUGACGAUCCUACGAAGAGCAAAGAAAAURGAGGAGAAAUGCCCCUGUUCAACGUCCAGAAUACGUUUUUAACAAAUGCUCCAUCGCCGCCAUCUUUGAUUCAUCCCAGUCCCGCGCGUCCAAGGGAAACACAGGCACCCCACAACGACAACAAGAAAUUCAUKGGAAACGCGGCAAUUGAAGAAAAACCUAAAGUAAAGCCCAGUACCUACAAUGGAAGUACUCCUUGGGAAGAUUAUCUGGCCCAAUUUGAACUUGUAGCGGAAAUAAAUAAAUGGAGCAUGGCGUCAAAAGCCACCUACUUAGCUGUGAGUUUAACUGGUUCUGCGCAGGCUGUUCUUGGAGACCUCGCUCCUGAAGCUCGCCGAGAUUUUUCUGAGCUUACAAGUGCACUCGCGGCAAGAUUUGGAACUGAGAACCAACAGGAAGUCUUUCGUUCAGCCCUAAAGAAUCGGUCAAGGCUGAAAGACGAAAAACUCCCAGAGCUUGCGCAAGCCAUUAGAAGGCUCACACGUCAGGCAUACCCCGAGGCUCCACAGCCGCUCCGUGAGACCUUAGCCCGUGAUUACUUUGUGGACGCCUUAGUUGACGCAGAUAUGAGAUGGAGAAUUCACCAAAGCAGGCCUAAAACCCUAAACGACGCCCUUACUGUUGCUGUUGAGCUGGAAGCCUUCUUGGAAACCGGUCACCCCAGAAAACAAGUGCAUGCCGUAGCUGUGGAGGAGAGUCCAGAUCAAGGUGCUUCAGCUGCAUCAGACCUCAAAGACAUCAAGAGCCUUCUCCAAAAGCUACUUGAUAAGCCACGACCCUAUGGUCAGUACACUGGCUGUCACACCUGUGGUGAUAAAGGCCACUUUCAGCGAGACUGCCCCAAAAGGAGAAACCAAGAAAGUCCAAAGCUUCCGGGAAACGAGAAACAGCCGGUCCCUCGGGGCUGAGCCCGGCUGACAUCCAAAGCGCAAAGCCCCCAACGAUCCCUAUCAGAGGAAGUGCGUCUAGAGAAGGGGAUGAUGGGCUCUACAUCAGUUGUUUUGUUAAUGGCAAGCCUGUUAAGUUUUUAGUGGACACCGGCGCAAGUGUAACAAUGCUAAA